GGAGUGAAGUAAACAAAGCAAAGCGGGAAGGGGAAGGUAGUCGGAAGCGUUAGUCAAAUCAAAUCAAAAAAGCUCACUGCAGCGCGCAGCCACCAUUCUCUACGUAUACACAUCUUUCUUUCAGCGUAACCCUUCUCUUCGGGGUGAUUCUAUCUACGAGUGUCUGCCAUGGCCGAAUCGACAGCCAUCUCCCCCUCCUCUCCGUGGUGGUGGACGCAUUGCAGCGUCGCGGAGGCCGCGGAGCCGCUCGACCCGACCGCCGACGACGCCGCAGCAGCCGCCCUCGCCUCUAUCACAGCCCAAACCGCACAGCACACUCUUGCCCAUGCCGAACUGCUGUGUGCGUACCUUGCGUCCACGCACGCCGACACCGCGUCUGCCGCGGCGGACAUCUACGCCCAGCUCAAGUUGGACGCGGUGCUCGUCCCGCUGCUGUGUCAGCUGCGCAAGGCGAUGGCGCAGGCCUGGGAGGAGCGCGCGGCGGAGCAGGCGGAGGCGGCCGCCGCGGAAGGGGCAGCGCCGCCUCUCCCUAACGCAUCGAGCAACAACAUCAGUAGCAACGGUGUCGCCACCUCCUUCUCCUCUCCCUCUUCCUCCCCUCUGCCGCCUGCGGCUACGCAAGAGUCCGUGGUGGCCGCUGCCUGCGCUGAUCCGGUGCUGCUGCGUCGCCUGCGUGUUCUCCAGCAGCAGAUUUAUGUUGCUUUUUUCAAGGCGGUUCUGCGCGGGCUGACAAGUGGGGUCCGCUCCGCUGUGGCGCUUUACGAGACGGAGGCGGUCGUUUUCGAUGGCGUGGCCCGCGGCGUGGCGUUGCUGCUGGACGGGUUCUGUGCUCAGCUAAUGGAAGCUGCCACGACGAUGCGUGCUACUGCGAACGCACCGACGCCCACAUCUGCCUCAUCCGAGGAGGUCCAGAACGCUCGUCGUGGCCAUCGCUCCUCCAACUCUUUUGCUUCCGCGUCGUCCUUUGGUACUGCUGCUGGUGCUCAUGUCGGCAGCUCGGCAAACGACUGGCUCACCGGCAUGAUGCCGCUGUACGUGCGGGCUGCUGAGCGAAGUGCACAGGUGGUCGGGGGCGAAACGGACACCGCGGAGGCGCCUGCACCGGCACGUCCGCCUAUUCCCUCUCCUUCGCUGUGUCUUGUAAGCUACGUGGGGGUGUUCCUCCAGGGUGCGGGUCUGCAGCUGCUCCCGUCUGAGCAAGCAGCACAGCUUCCUCUGUUCACCGCAAUCGUCCACCGGGUUGCUCUAGCUCAGUUGAAGCAGCGGUGUGCGGCUGCCAUGACAGACGUGACCGAAGCAGCAGCAGCGACAGUGUUGUCUGCUUCCUCUACCUCGCUGCCUCCGUCAUCAGAUAAAGGCAGCCAAAGCGCAGCUGCCGCGGUCGCCCACAUCAAGUCCGCGAGCCUAUUUCUUCAGCACCUCACUGACGCACAACUGUACAGCGAAGAGCACGGCACGGAGAUGGAGGACGACGACUGCACGACGCUGUUUCGCGCCCCGCCAUUCAACCCACCACGUUCCGUGACAGGCACCGAACAACCAGCAGGUAGUGGAGCCGCAGUAGUCGACUACAGUGUUGCCUCUCUGGCAGCCUUGACCACGUAUCAGGCGUGCAGUCAAAUUCUGUCACAUCUAGAGAAGUGGUGGACGUUGUGUCGCCGCCUUCUCGCGCAGGCCCGCGCCGAAGCGGGUGUACAAGCCGCCAGCGCAGGCGAGCACGACGAGGGGAAGGAAGAGCAGGAAGCGAACCCGUCGCAGACGGAGCUCGCACAGGGUGCGGCGCUGCUCAAGGAGGCGGAGGAUGCCUGGCUGCUCCUGCGCCGGCACGCCAUGACCGCCUCCGUGAUUCUCAGCAACUACGCAGAGACGACGCUGCUGCUUGCGCCUUUCGCCGCUCUUCUGACACGGCUCUUUUACUCGCCGUCUGGCGAUGAUGAAGCAACGGCGGCGGUGUCGCAGGGGGCGUGGAAGGCGUGCAUUCGCGAGUUGCACCACGUGACUCGAACCAUUUACAGCUGCAGCGACAGCAGUGGCCACGGAGCCGGAGCGUCACGAGGCUCAACCGGAGUAGCAGCAGCAUCCGCAGUGUCCGCACGACCACUCCGACCGCGCUACCGCAACGUGGGCAACUACACAUUUGCCGUGGCAAGUUACUUGCGUGUCCCGACGGUGCUGUCGGACGCUGCGGGUCGCUCCGUCCUGAGCACGACGGAGAACGCACACCCGACCUGCAGUGCCGAUGUCACGCCCAAGGUGCUCCCGCUUGCCUUUUCGUUGCUGCAUCAGCCGUUGACAGUGCUGAGGGACCGCGUGUGGCACAUGCUGAUCACCCCGGGUGUGGUCAACUUGCAGCUGAAGGUGGACACGAUUGUGGGCGAGAAGGGCAGUGUGGCCGACAGAUCGACGUCUUCACCAGCAGCAGCAGCAGCGAACGCUGCUGCGACCUCGAGCAUCGACGGGUCCAGUGCCUCCACCUCCACCGCCGUCGCCGCCUCCGCUACCUCUGCGCGUGCCAGAGCAGCAAGCGAUCAACCCAUGACGGCUGCCGAAAUCGUGGAGCUGUGCUUCCCGCGUCAUUACAGGCUGCUGCAUGCCAUGGAUCUCGCUAUGCAGUACUGCGUCUCGCGCGCACAGGAGCUGGCCGAAGCAGCGGCGGCAACAGCAGCAGCGGACGCGUGGGUGCCCGCCGGCUCCCUUCCCUCUCUCUUCGCCCAAUUCUUUGGCGCGGCGCUGGACGAGGCUUUUAUUGCGCAGAUGCGUAGUGACAACGACGAGGUGUGCGGGAGUGAGGUGCUGAUGUUCUACGCCGCUGUCUUUCGAACGCUGCCGCGUGACGCCCUCUCGUCCUUGCGGGCGGCCCUCUCCACCUUCCUCGGACACGCCGGGGUGCAUUUGCUCGAGUACAUCCGCUACCACAUUGUGGAUCAGCAGCGGUACGGAUUCGCCGCCUUCUUUCUGCCGCCGCUGCGUGCCCUCGGCCUGGACUACAGCACCGUGGAGGACACCGACAUCAGUCUCGCUCUGGCCGCCAAUCCCCCUCACGCACACGCGAUGGCCUACGCCUGGGAGCUGCCGCGCCUCUUCUUCUGGAAGCACGACAGCACGCCAGCUGCCGAGGUGGCGUGGAGCGCGCACGGGGCGGCGCAGCAGUACCUGUGUGAGCUGAUGACCCAAGAGCCGCCCGUCACGCCUGCCUUCAUGAAGAUCCUGGCAGAGGCCAGCGAAGUGGCGCACAGGCGGUGCUACCGUAAAGCGGGGGACAAUGGGGCGAAGAGGGCCGCGGCCUCCACCGCGAAAGCGGCGGCCACGGAUGCCAUGACGGCGGUGUUUUUGGCUUUCUGUCGCUGGUGCGCCGUGCAGCUCUCCGCCUUGGCCGCGACGCCGUCUCCCUCCUCCGCGGUGCCGCGCGCGUCGAUCAGCGCCGCGCUGGCGACGCUGAUAGGGGCGUCGCAGCGAGCCGCGGCAGCAACGGCAGCCCAAACGCACCCUGUGCUGGUGGCGUUGCAUGCCCAGCUGCGAGAGGCCAUCGAUGAGGCAGACGAGGAGCAAGCAGAGCCGUCCACGUUCUCCUCGCGUGUGGUGGCGUGGUUCUGGACGUGCUCGUACGACGCCGUCGCGCCAGCGCACCUGCAGAGCUGUGCACGACGUCUGCUGCGCGACUUCUCCGUCCAGUUUGGCCAGCGCGCGCCCAUCAAGACAGUGCUGGGCAUUCGUGCGAUGGUGGAGCAGCAGCUGAAAGCGGACGAAGUCGCGGCGUCGGCGGUGGCGCUGCGGAAGUUGAAGCAGGCGAUGGAGGAAGAUGUGAAGGAGCUGCUGGAGUGCCAGCAGAAGCACGAGAAACAACAGGAGGAGGCGAGGGAGACGGUGGAAGACGGGGGCGAGAACGCGGUGAAGGAUGAGACGCCCGCCGCAGACGACGCCCCUCAAAUGCAGGACGACAAGACCGUCGAAAGCGCGGAGCUGGCACCGCCCAGCAGCGCAGCGUCGGCAGCGCUGCAGACAACAGCAGCAGCGCCUGUGCUGGCACCAGCGGAGCUGCGCGGCUACGUGGAUCAGCUUCUCACCGCCCUCGUCACGCGGGCGCAGCUGUCGCCGGUGGACGGCGCCAUCAGCGCCGCCGUCCUCGGCCUCUUUCUUCAGGCCCUCAGUGACUCGCAACUGCCCAUUCAGAUGUCCGCGCAAGAUCGUCAGCGCAUGUGCGAGCGCUUCGUCUUCACCGUGACCAGCACGAUACCGGACCUGACGCGUGCAGAGACGCUGUCCAGUGCCUGCAGCCUUCACCUUGUGUUCGAGAACACUGUUUUUCCGUUCAAGAAGAGCUUUCUCGAGACGACUCCGUCGCUGCGUGCCUUUCAUGGGUCUCUGUCCGACAACGAAUCGGAUGCUUUCAAGUUGGUGCAGCACACCCUCGGCGACGUCCUCACCGCCUUUCAGAAGUGCCAGUCGAGUGACGGCACUCUGGUGUCGCUGUCGGGCUGGAAGGCCGUCUUGUUGCUCGAGCAGACGGCUCCUUUCCUUUUGCUGGUGCGCAGCCUGCUGGAGAAGGUGCGGGUGUCGAUCCGCAAGGCGGUGUUGAAGAAGAGAAGCCCCUGUGUGGAGUUGCUGCACCUGCAGCUGACGCGCAUGGAGAAGGAGGCGGUGCGGGAGGGCCGCAACGUGGCGGACGAUGUCCUUCACCUCUUUACUCAUCAUCCACCGCCGUCUCCCGUCUCGGCGGCAGCAACUACCGCGCUGCGCAACAGUAGCAGCUCCACAAGGGCGAUCCGAUCGACACCUCCAACGGCGGCGGCGGCCGCCUCUCCUUCUACCGUCAAGCGCGAAGCGACCGGCGCGGUGCCGACGAGUACGGCGAGAGGCUCCCCGAAGAGGCCACGCGGUGGACGUCGUGUGCGAGAGGAGGAGCUCAGGCGUGCGGCGCGGCAGCGAAACGCAGCAGCGGCGCCGGGAAACGGCAGCAGCGGCAGUGAACGCAGGAGGCGCGACGAGGGGGGCGAUGGUGACGGACGGCGCAACAGCGAGCGCAAGCGGGAGCGGGAAGACGACACGGGCAACGACGGCCGCAGAGACACGAAGUCAGACCGUGGAAGUUCAAGGCGCGGUGGCGACGGUCGCCCCGGUCGUUCUGGCCGCCAUCGUCGUUAG